AUGAAUGAUGAUGAGUACUCCCAGCGAGCAGAAAGCCUUUCAAAUGUGAUUGACAAACAAUUGUAUUCUAUUAAUGUAGAGCAGUAUUGGAAUAGUGUUCGGAUACAAAAUGAGCAAAACACAACUCGCGUUAAUCAAAUUAUCAUGGAAGAGAAAAAGAAACAACAUAAAUGUCUUGUUGAUUCUAACGUUAUAACCGAGCAUGACAUAUCAAGUAAUAAAUUAAGAUCAGAAUUUCAAAAAUUAGAGAAUGAAUUUAUUACUCCUCAAAGAAAACGAACAAAUAUUGAUUUUGAUGACGAAUGGAAUAUAACACUUAAUUCAGAAUAUGAAUUGAAAUUUCGGGAGGCAAUCAAGAAGUCAAAGGAAUCUCGUGUCUGUGCCAUGAAUUGGUUUCAUAAGGAGUUAGCAGAUAAUCAUCUUUUAAAUGAAAAAUUGGGUAAUAUAAUUUUAAAAGGUCUAGAAACACUACCUAGUGUGAAAAUUAGAAAUGAACCCAGCGAAAUUACUUUAAUUACAAAUUAUUUAGAUUAUAUAAUGAAAAGCACAUUUCAUAAUCCUGAUAAAUAUAUUGUACAAUGGCCGAAUAUAGCUUUGAAUGAAAGUAAAACACGAAAAUUUGAAGGUAGAAGUAAACAGCCAGAUUUCACUGUUUCAAUUAUUCACCAGCAUCAAACAGAAUCUGUUAUAUUUGUGGGUGAAGUAAGCCCACCUUCUCAAAAAAACAAUGUAUAUAAAAAUUGUAAUGAUCUAAUUAGAAUUGGCGUGUUUAUGAAGGAUUGCAUGGAUUUUUCGAUAGAUAAAGAUUAUACGAUCGACUUUUAUAUGUUGGAUUUUAAAAAAGGAACAUAUUUUAUGCUCCAUAUUGGUCAAAUUAAAGUACCAGCAUCAAUAAAAGAGAUGUUGUCCUUUGUUGAUGAACUGGAAACACUUUUGACAGUUCGAGAGAUUUUUCAAAAAACAUAUAAUGCGCUGUAUACUAAGCUCUGUAAUCCGGGGUUGCCAUUAACAAAUGCAGAAUACAAACGUGAUACCCUCGAAACUCCCAAAUUUAGGCAACUUGUUAACAAAACACGUGAUUGUCAUCGAAUAUGCCCCUUCUGGUAUGGACGUUUCUAA